GCGUGUCGUUACUAAGAUACAGGUUACGUUAUAUAAGGAAACUCAAGUAUCGCACAGCCAUUUCGUUACUUCACCAGUCCCUUGUUAUACAACAUCAGAUAGAUUCUGAAUUAAAAAAAUCAACUACGCCACCAUGCGAGUUCGGUCUAAACUGCUAUCCCUGAUGCACCUGGACAAGACGUAUUGUCUGUUAACGGUUAGACACGUCAAGAUCUUCCAAACUUACUUCAGCCUGCUGGACAUCCACGGGGACAGCUCACUAAAUGACGUCCAGGUGUACUGUUUCAUGCGGCUGGUCACCGACCUGAAGAAGGACGAGAUUUACCAGCUGUUCGACAUGUUGGACGUGGACGGGUCCGGCCAGCUGGAGUUUUCCGAGUUCUUCAUCCUCAUCUGCGUCCUCAUCGCCGUGCAGGACCACGUAGAGAAGCAGUUCAUCUACCGCCACUGUAGGACCAUAUUUGGACUGAUCGACCUGGACGGGAGUAACACCAUCACUCCGGACGAGUUCAAGGCGCUCACUUACCUCUUUGACUUCAAGAAAAGAGCCAUGAACGAAAUCUUUUAUGAGUUCGACAUCUCUGGAGACCAGGAACUGGACUACCGGGAGUUCCGCCUGUUCGCCAUGGCUUGUAUAGAUAAACAACAGCAGCUCGAGAAGGAGAUGUUAGAGAAAGCUGAAGAGAUGCGGGAAAAGGCUUUGCAAAAAGAGGCGAGGAAAAAAGAGCUACAAGAAAAAUAUCAAGAAGUUGGCAUCAUAGCUUAUUGCGUCAUUCUAUGACUGAUGUGUCCUAGGACAGGGGUAUGCUGGUAUAUUACGGAUCGCGUGAUCCAUCCAAAGUUACAUAGAAUUAAUGCAUUUUCUAUUUCCUUCCAUUUAAUAAUGUAUUUUCGAAUGGCAGUCAUCUCAUAAACCUAUAGCUCGUCUCCAUGAGCUUGAACCAAUGUAGUACUUACAUAACAUAUAUAUCUGUUGCAGUCACAUAUUUUCCAGUACCAUAGGGCCACAAUGUUUGCCACAAAGUUAAGACCUCUAUAUGUUGUAAAUUCUACCUGUAAGAUGUCUCACAAAUAAACAACAAACACCAUACUUUUUGAGGUUACCUUUUCAGUUGUUUAUUUUCUUGUAGAAGUCAUGACGGGUGCGGCACCAAUUGUGGUGCCCAGCAUUUGUUCAUGACAGUCUCUGGGAAGAAUCAGUACCUCAGGCAUAUACAACUCUCAACAGUAUUGCCACGUCGUAUAAAAAUAAAUGUGCACAGGAUAAAAUCUCACCCAGCUUUCAGAAGCCAAACGUAAUACAUAGACUGUUGUACAUAUUGUUCUAAACAUCUUCCUUGCCAUUUUGACAAAUGAUUUGCAGCGUUUAAAAUUCAAGAGGUAAAAAUGUUCUAACAACUUGUUAUCUAUGCUCUGAUAGGUUUAGCAAGUAUCUCCUUUCAGUUCAUUUACAACUAUGACCAAUUAGAAGGUGUUAUCUUGUGCGAGUCAACAUGGCAGGAGCUGUUUGUUACAACAUAUACCUUUAAAACUGCACAAUACGUUUACCCUAAAGCUGUAUACAAAAUGGCACAUAGAAUCUCAUGUUUAAGUGCUUCCUUCACAUAGUUAUAGACAAAAACAUGUACCAAAGGAAUACUCCAUUCAAAAUGUACAUGGGGUGGUCAGGUUGAUUCUACUCAACAUUGAAUGGCUAUUCCUGACCACCCAUCAUAAGAUAUUUGAAUGGGACAGUCCCAAAAGCAGGCAGUGGGUGGCUUGGCUUUACAAAAAUUGGACAAAAUCUGAUCAUGAGCACCAAGAUCACAAUACAGAAAGUCGUAGUAAUUUCAUUCGCAAAAAGAAAAAA